UACAUCGGUCCAAAUAUGUGGAUAACAGUGAACACUAAUGAUACUCACGAGGAAAUCCUCCACGUGUCAAGAUCUAACUCUUUGCAGGUAUGUCUUGUUAAGACAGGAACAAGUAUACCUUUUAUAAAUACAUUGGAACUACGACCAUUGGUGGAUGAUAUAUACCCCACUGAAAGCAGCUCGCUCAAUUACUAUUUUCGGGCUUAUUUUAGCGAUUCUAGUCGCAAUGUAGAGUACCCCGAUGAUGUCUAUGAUCGUAUAUGGCGUCCGUUGUCACCUAAUAAGGAGUGGGCGCUUUUGACUACAAAUCUCCAAGUAAACACUUCUAAUGGCUACGAUCUACCGCAACGUGUAAUGGCAAAAGCUGUUACACCCGUAAACGCUAGCACAACGACGUUGGAAAUACCUUGGACUUUAAAGCCUCCAACUUCACUGUUUUACGUAUACUUGCAUUUUGCAGAGCUUCAAACUCUACAAGCGAACGAGACGAGAGAAUUCGAUGUGACGAUGAAUGGAAACGUUACACAUGCAUCUUAUAGUCCUAAGUUUUUAAAAAUGCAAACAGCAUUCAGCAGAGCACCAAAGCAAUGCGAUGGAGGGAAAUGCUUGUUGCAGCUAGUGAAAACGUCAAGGUCAACUUUACCGCCUUUAAUUAACGCUAUUGAGAUUUUCACUGUAAUUGAUUUCUCACAGCUGGAAACACAUGAAGAUGAAGUGGUUGCUAUCAAGAAUAUUCAAUCCACUUAUGGAUUGAGUAGAAUCAAUUGGCAAGGAGAUCCAUGUGUCCCCAAAAAGUUCUUGUGGGAUGGUUUAAACUGCAACAACUCAGAUGUUUUGAUGCCACCGACUAUCACUUCCUUAAACUUGUCUUCAAGUGGAUUGACUGGGAUCAUCGCGCUGACCAUUCAAAAUCUCACCAAACUGCAAGAACUGGACUUGUCAAAUAACAACUUGACCGGGGGUGUCCCUGAAUUUCUAGCCGAUAUGAAAUCGCUCUUAGUCAUAAACUUACGUGGGAACAAUCUUAGUGGCAUAGUUCCUCAAAAGCUUCUAGAGAAGAAAAUGUUGAAACUGAACAUUGAAGGCAAUCCAAAACUUCAUUGCACGGUGGGGUUAUGCGUAAACAAAGAUGGAGAGGGUGGAAAGCAGAAAAAUAGCAUCACAAUCCCAAUUGUAGCAUCAGUUGCUGCUGUGGUUGCCCUCAUAGUUGCAUUGGUUAUAUUUUAUGUUAUUCGAAAGAAAGCCCCAUUAAACGAUGAAGCGCCAUCAUCGUGUAUGCUACCCACUGAUGGUAGAUCAUCUGAACCGACAAUAAUGACAAAGAAUAAAAAAUUUACUUAUUCAGAGGUCAUAACGAUGACAAACAAUUUCCAAAAAAUCCUUGGAAAAGGAGGGUUUGGAACUGUAUAUUAUGGUUCGGUAAACAGUAAAACGCAGGUUGCUGUUAAAAUGCUUUCCCAUUCAUCAUCUCAAGGAUAUAAACAAUUUAAAGCUGAGGUGGAACUUCUUCUUAGAGUACAUCACAAGAAUUUGGUCGGCCUUGUUGGAUAUUGUGAAGAAGGAGAUAAAUUGGCUCUCAUCUACGAAUACAUGGCCAAUGGAGACUUAGAUGGGCAUAUGUCAGGUAAACGCGGUGGCGCUAUAUUGAAUUGGGGAACUAGACUAAAGAUAGCUGUCGAGUCUGCACAAGGACUGGAGUAUUUGCAUAAUUAUUGUGAACCAGUAAUGGUUCAUAGGGAUGUCAAAACCACAAAUAUACUGUUGAAUGAGGAUUUUGAUACCAAACUUGCUGAUUUUGGGCUUUCAAGAUCAUUUCCUAUCGAAGGGGAAACUCAUGUAUCAACAGUUGUUGCUGGAACUAUUGGAUACCUCGAUCCUGAAUAUUACAGAACAAACUGGUUGACGGAGAAAAGUGAUGUUUAUAGUUUUGGAAUUGUGUUAUUGGUUCUUAUCACAAACCAACCCGUGAUUGAACAAAAUCGCCAAAAGUCACACAUAGCAGAGUGGGUGGGAGCAAUGCUUACGAAAGGAGACAUCAAAAGUAUUACAGACCCAAAUCUUCAUGGAGAUUAUGAUACUUCUACUGUGUGGAAAGCUGUUGAAUUAGCAAUGUCAUGUCUAAAUCCUGCUUCAGUGACAAGACCGACAAUGUCUCAAGUUGUUGUUGAACUAAAAGAGUGUUUGGCCUCUGAAAGCUCGAGGGGAGGAGAGAGCCCGUCCAGAGAAGUGAUCAUGACUUUUGGAACUGAAGUGAACCCUACUGCACGGUAG